AUGCAAUCGAUCAGAGUCUUGGUAGUCCUGCUUUGGGCUACCACCACCUACGCGAAACAUGUCUGGCGAUACAACAUGACCAUUACCUCCGCUUGGGGAGAGAAAGAUGGCCACGGACGUCCAAAGUACUACAUGAACGGCCAAAGCCCAGGGCCGCUUUUAACGGUCCGCGAAGGUGACGAGAUGGAAGUAUUCGUCAGCAACCAGCUUGCCAUUGAGACUACAAUGCAUUGGCACGGAGUCUAUCAGGUGGACCAUCCGUGGAACGAUGGUGUCCCGGGGGUAACGCAAUUUUCGAUCCAGCCGCGUGACAACUACACCUACCGCUGGACUGCCACGGGGCAGUAUGGCUCAUAUUUCUACCACGGACACUUCGGUCCUGCAUUCGCGGAUGGCAUGCGCGGCCCAAUCUGGAUCAUUCCCGCGGAAUCGCGCGAGCGACCAUACAGACUCAUAUCGGACUCCAAGCCAGACCUCCUGGCCAUGAAAAAAGCAGAAGAAAACCCUCACCAUAUCGUCACGAGUGAUUGGAACGCGGAAGGGAUGGACAUACUCCUGAUACAGUACCGCGACACUGGCUUUGCUCCCUGGUGCUCAAACUCCUUGACUUUGAACGACCGAGGUCGGACAUACUGUCAUUCUACCCGGGACAUUAAGGACGCCAUGGGACCAGAUCGUAAUUCGCUGGGUUGCAUUUAUCAAGUUCCUGGCUACGAGUUCACCAAUCCACUCGAAUGCGAGCCUACUCAAGCGCCGCUAGAAGUUGUGCAACAGCAGAAGGAUGAAGAUUGGGUUUGGAUUAACUUCAUCCACUCUGGUGCUCAUCACGAGUUAUCUAUCAGCAUCGACGAGCACGACUUCUUUGUCAUCGCCGCGGACGGCGAAUUUGUUCAUCCCCAAAAGGUUCAUCAAAUCAACGUCAACUUGGGCGAGCGAAUCAGCAUCUUGGUCAAGAUGGACAAGAAGGCAGGAGACUACGCCAUUCGUCUACACUCGCUAAGUGUUCAACAAGGUAUCGAGGGCAUCGGCAUCCUCCGAUACCAUCAGCACGUUGGUAGCGCAGACGCCACAAACACCACAGUUCCAUCAACGAAGCCAUGGGUCCAUCUGAAUGGCACUCUAAUCUCGGGAAGCUCCAAGCGGAUGGAGGAGAUGGCCCUUGCCCCCUUCCCACUUCGUCCUCCACCAAAUCACUCGGACACGACGCUGAAGUUCAUAGUCAAGAUGACCGGUCCCUCAACUUGGGUGCUUCACUCUUCACCUCACCAAGGUUUCCGACAGUCUCUGCCCCCGCUCCUUUGGGACUCUGACUCUCGUGGCGAUACAACCUACGGCUCCCAGGGUACAAUGCAGAACGGGUCUGUCGUAGACAUAAUCUUUGAGAACGACCAAGGAGUAACGGCGAUGCACCCCUUUCACAAGCAUAAUAUGAAGGCAUUUAUCAUUGGAAUGGGUCAUGGCGGGUUCCCGUUCGAAACCGUGGAGGAAGCGAUGAAGCACGAACAUUAUCGGAAAGACUUCAAUCUGAUCGAUCCGCCAUUACGCGAUGGAUGCCGCCUAAACGGGGGGCAUGGGGCGUGGACGGUCAUCCGCUACCAAAUUACGUUUCCGGCAGCAAGUAUGCUGCAUUGUCAUCGUAUCCACCACUUUGGAUCAGGCCAGCAGGUCAUUCUCUUGGAGGGUGUUGAAUCGAUGGCGCCAGUACCAGAAGAAGUGAAGAACAUGGUACAUGCCGACUUUAUCCCGCCUGUUAGAUACGGACCUCUGGAUUAA